ACCCUUUCUCGGCGCCCUCUGUGAUGAUAAUCGCAACAGUUGAACUACGUCCUACAUAAGCGUCAAUAAAUUAAAGUAUCUUGCAUAAUGUUCUUACAAUAGAAAUUUAUAGAUGUGAAACGACAUUCAAAGUUUAUUUGCUCAUGUUUUCGUUAAUUACUUUAUAAACAAAUAGUAGUAUUUAAGAAUAGGGAUUACAUAUAUAUUGAAAUUUCGAGUAUAAUUUUAUCAACAUGAUCUUGACAUUUCUUUAUAUGGUAGCAACAUCAAUCCAAUCAAGAAGAAUUUUAUUCUUAAAGAAUCAUCUACGCAGUUUAUUUCAAGGAGACACAACCACUUAUCCAUCAAUAAUGUUUUAUAAUAAAACACUAGCUUCAAAUAAAGAAUCAAAUUCUCCAAUGAAUGAUUGUGAAAAUGAUGAAUUUAUGACUUCUUGUCUAUGUAUAAAUAAAAGUGAUGCUAGACUAGAAGAAUUACUAUGGUACUAUGAUGAUAUGAGAUUGUGCACUAUAUUUCCUCAACAAAAAGUUGACAUCUCAAGUUGGUUAAUGUAUCAGUAUGGAAAAACGUUUUUUCCUUUACAUAUAAAUAAUCGUAAUGGAACUUUGUUACAAUCAGAGUACAAACUUUAUAUUCUUGUUGAAGCUGAUCUUGAAAGCUAUAAUCCUGUUGCUGCAACACAUGCUACAAAGGUCGAAGAUUAUGGUUUAAUUAUUACAUGGACAGCAAAUAAAAAUGUCGAUUUAAUUAUAGAGUCUGAUUUAGACAUGGUUGCAAAAUUUUUUAUUGCAGCAAUGGAAGGUCAAUGUUAUAUUAAUAAUGGCUUGUUGUUGAAACGAAUAGAAACUGUCCUGAUAUCAGGAAAGCCUUGUCUUUACAAUAGUGACGUGUUGAAUUCAUCCCCAAGUAAAAAAUUUAUAGACAAAGAGGAAUGGAGAAUGCAUACGGAAAAAUUAAAAUCAUUAAGCGACACUGCCAAACUUGCAUCCGAGAAAUGCAAACCAUUUGAAGUUAAGGACCUUCCAGGCUUAAUAAUAUAUCCAGAAAAUGCUGUAACGAGCGCAGAUAUUGAACUGAUGAAACGUGUGGAGUCUAAUGAAACACUAGAAAGUGAAUGUAGAAGUCAAGUUUCUACACCAGUUUCUACUACAACUAUUCCUCAAUAUGAAGAUCAAUUAUCUCGAGAAGAAAUACAAAAGAUCACAGAGGAUACCACUAAAUUUCAAGGUGUUCCGCAUUCUGCUAGUAAAUCACUUGAUAUGCUUGACAAUUUAGAAGAUGUCUCUAGUAGUAUAAGCACCAAACAAGUAUCUUGCAGUGAUAUAAAAAGUACAAGUAAACCUUUUGAACCAAAGACUUUUUAUGAUGCUAAGAAUAUCAAAAGAACAUCAUCUGCAAGUCCUUUCAAAAAUUCUAUGGCGGAGAUAACAACAAAGUUAUCAAAAACGAAUGUAAAACCACCAAAUGUCCUAAUAUAUGCUGAUAGUUUUAUUGCACGUAACAAUGUAAAGAAUGUUUUGGAAGAAUCUCUCGGCACGGAUAAAUACACUAUUUAUGUGUUAUCAUCAGAAGAAGCACGUAAUGACACUUGGAUAGAAAAUGCAGCUUUAGUGGUUGUUUGUGGAAACGUUGGCAAUGAGAUUGGAAGCCAAAUCGUAGAAUAUAUUCUUCGCGGUGGUAAACUGCUCGCUUUAUGCUCUGAUGUAAUUCAUAUUUUACUUCCAUCAUUUAAAACAGCGGAAGUACGAGAAAAUGAGCUGGUUCAUUUUUCCUAUGGGAAAUGGAAGCACGUACGCAUGAUGCAUCAUAUAUUUUGUUAUCAGGCAUCUCCUGUAAGGACGAGAUUUUCGCAGGAUCAUGAAGACGUAAAAGUGUCUAGUGUAUCUCCACCAGCAUCGGUAAGCGUAAAAGAUAAAAAGGGAAAUUCGCAUUCAUUUGAUCUAAAAGUACUUGGAACAGAGGAAACUUGGCACACACCAAGUAUUUUACUUGCCACUCUUCCAAAAAGUGGUGGAAAGCUUGUUUUUUCUCAAAUACAUCUAGAAGUUGAUCCAAUGCAAUAUGAACUGGAAGAAAGUAAAUUUAAUGCUUUGAAGGAAAGUAAUGCAACUAGAUUGGAAAUAUUCAAUGAUUUAUUGAAAGCACAUCUUCAAAUGGAAAUUCGUAGUAAUUCACAAAAAACUGCACCUGCAACUUAUACGCCUGCCUUCUUUUUGGGGCGUCACGAGCUAAAGGUACAAUUAUUAGAAAGAUUGAAGGAUGAAAUGAAAGGAGGCGACACUUUAAAAAUGCCAAAACUGGAAAUCCAAUUUUGUAAAAGCAGCACAGUUCCACGACCCGCUUCAAUUUCAUUCCUGCCAAUUAUGGUUUAUCAAUGUCCUGACAAUUUCUCAACUGUAGAAUAUUUUGAGAAUUUAACAACAAAGGAAUUGGGACGUUUGGUUAUAUAUGCUGAGAUAAUGACCUCAUCAAUGAAUAUAUUUAAUGGCCAUCAAUUGGAGCAUGGUUUAGCUGUUAUUAUUCGUCAACAAACUCAAGGACAAGGUAUGUAUUCAAAUACGUUUCAUCGAAUAUCAUGCAAUAUAUUAUGUGCAAUGUUGUGCAAAAUAAAACAGUAUCAGCAUGCCUAACUAGAAUUUUGCAUA